CUGUAUAUAAUUAAGGCGUUUCAUCAUUCACAUCAGCGCUUAGUAUCGGGAGAAGUAUGUUAAAAAUCGGACCAUCGGGAGGCACUGGAGUUGGACGUGCAUGGGAUCAUGAAAGCAAAACAGAAAUCGCACAACUCAUCAUUUCACGCUCUGCGACUUGCAUAAACUAUAUUCAUUUUGUUUAUGUUGAAGAUGGAGGUAAUAAACUUGUCAUGUCCGAGAAGAUCGGCGUUGAUAAAGGUGGGAGUAGAUCUUUAAACACGAUUAUGCUUGAUUAUCCACAUGAGGUCAUUACUGGAGUUACUGGCAAGUACCGAGUUUUUUACAACGAUGAGAAACAGUUGACGUCAUUAACUUUUGUUACCAACAAACGCAAGUACGGACCGUUUGAAGUAAGCGAGCCAUACCCACAGGAGUUCGACUAUCACGUGGGAGAAAAACAAUUUGGUGGAUUUUUCGGUACCUCUUCGUCUGAUGGAAUAGAGAGUAUUGGAAUUUAUUUAAAGCCCCUCAAGAAACUACCAGUCAUCAGCUCGAUUAAAACUGAAUGA